UUUCGGUAUAUUUCUGAGGGUCGGACGGUAUAUUUUAUCGAUAAUUCCGCGGACACACUGCCUAUGUCGGCUUGGCUUUUUUUUUGCGUAAAAAAUAAUUUACUGCGCGUGCCGAUUUUACAGUAAAUAAUGUUAUCAAUCAACCCCAACUAAGUUGUUCGCAUAAUUUUUUGAAGUAAUGCAAUAAAUUGGUUAACCUCAUAGCACAACCGCGAGGCAGGGACGCGUACCAUACGAAAACUGUAACAUGGAGGAUGUAGAAUAUCUUGAUGAGUAUAAAGAUCUGGUGUUGCCAGGAAUUAAAACUGGCGAUGGGCGCACGCCAGUACCUCCCCGGCGGCGCCGAAUUUCGUCAGACUCGAGCAACUCGUCCUCGAUUGAUGCAGAUAUAUUUCAGAAGCUAUUCCAUGGGAAAUUUAUUGACGACGAACAGCUCAACGAGGGCAGUUCAAAAUCAAGGGAGAGGCACCGUCUUCCUCGACUCCCCUCCUCCAGCGAUGACGGUUCCAACGACGCCUUCGACGCUCUGUUUAAUAGGAAACUUAGCAAGCCAAAAUCAAACAAAAGGCGGGAGCGUUUCUCGUCCUUUGAUUCUGUAGACGAAUUGGGCCAAGCCCUUAUGCGUCCAACACAAAGGUCAACUGUACCAAAGCCAAGUACAUCUCGUGGCGCAGGGAGGAAAUCCGAGACGGAGGGAUUGCACAGAGGCAGUGGCAGUCAAAGCAACAGCAGUGGGUUUGGGAAGUCCAACAAGUCCCUUCCAGAGCACCGUUCCUCGGGCAAAAUCGGAGUUCAUGGGCUUCAAUCAAAGAAUGCGGCCAAAGGCUCUAGCAAUGCCAGCAGCAGCCAUUCUGUGUCUAAAAAUAGCAAGACUGUAACUUUACAUAAACCAGACCUUAGGCUACCAAAGAACGAGCCCAAGACAGAUCCCUUGAACUUGGGGGAACUCUAUGGAGACUCGGACAGCGAUUCUUCGUACGAGUUCGAAUCGGAUUUCUUCGACGAUCCAGACACGGAUGAUGAGGAACCGGUCAUUGACUUAUCGACGGAUACCAGCAGGACCACUUCGGUGGCGGAAACUGUGACGCCUGUUGUUUCCGAUGACGAGGGCGAAGGCCAGGAGCUGCAGCAGCAACGGAAAAUGAGCGGUGAUAGUGAACUCCUGCAAAAGUAUUUGAGUAAUCUAAGUUGUGCCGAGUCGCCGCCGAUCUAUAAAAAACAGAGUAGUGCUAAAAAAUCGCGUUCCAGUGAAAAGAAAUUACCUUCCUCCGAACAGGUUAUGCAUUCUAAAGAGCAACCAGCGGCUAGUCCCACAGUGGAGCAGAAGCAGAAGGCAGAGAAAGCAGAGCCGGAGCAGGUGCCACCAGUGGAAGCCGGCUGCAGCUCUUUAGCGGGAAAUCCAGUGUCGAUCAUUAGCAGUAAUAGUAAUCCCUACGAAGUGGAUGAAAGCAUCACUCUCGAAUCCCUUGAGCGCAUGACCCUCGACUUGGCCGAGCAAAUCAAUGAAAUUGAUGUGGAGCGCUCGUUCGAAUUUGAAAGGCGUUCCGCUUCAAAGCCACGCAGCAGAUCUCGAUCUAAGUUCUCGGCAGAUCCGGGCAGAUCGACUCCAGUCUUGGGCAAUAGCCAUGUGCGCAAGUUAACCUAUUCCAAUGAACAGCUCGACAACUGUGGCUCAUCGAAGACCACGCUGAGGAGGGCCAAGAGUGAUUCAGCAUUUUCAAAGAGGGGACGCGGCCGGAGUCGAAAGAAUAAGAAAAACCGGGCAGCCACGACGGAGGAAAAAGUGGUCAAGCCAAGUGAAACUGUGGGCGAGGGGCAAGAAGUCCCAGUGAAGAGGAAACGCGGCAGACCCCGCAAGAUAAGGCCACCGACAGAAGCGGAAACCGCUCUGUUGGCCGUAAAUGCUAAGGCCCCAACAGAGACAACAGAGAAGGAUGCAACUGAGGAUGCAGUUCCAGGAACCAGUGGCGCACAGGUGGAAAAAGUGGAAGAAAAGGAUACGGAUAAGGCGGAACAGAUCAAAAAGCCAGAAGCGGGAAGUCCGCGGGAACUAAACACAGAACUAGAUAGAGCCAAAGAUGUUACAGAAAUUACAGCUUACUCACAGGACGAAAUUAUCACAACAUCAUUAUCACAAUCUCAUCAAAUAUCAGAACCAUUAUUAGAUCUCAAAACAAAAGACCAAGAAGCGAAUCUCCAAGUGGAAAAGCCCACUAGAUCGGAUACGUCCACUGAAUCGUUCAAUACGGCUCAUGGCGAGUCCUCCAUGCCUCAAAGUCCCGUGCAACCAAUCAUCGGAGCUGAAGGUGAAACACUAACCGAACCGAGUGGAGACAUUGUGUGGCAGAGUCUGGACGGAAACAGUAACGUGGACGAGCGAAUGGUCUCUAAAGUUGAAUUAGCCAUUGAGUCAAAGACAAUUCAAUUGGCUGUCGAAACGCAAGAGUCAAUGGCGGAGCAUACCGUAACAGACCCAAUCGAAAAGCCAGAAGUCCAUGCAGAUUUAGAAUCGUCCGAAAAGGAUGUUGGUGUUGCAACGGUUCUACCGGCAUCUGUCGAUCAAUUGACGGCUGAUCUCUCUGUCCAAGAGGAUGAUUUCAAAUUGGAACUACCCAAAGCUGUGGAUCAAUUGCUCACAGAACCCUCCGAAGCGAUGGAACAACUUGAAACUGUUCUCCCCGAAGCGGUCAACAGCAUUCGAAAAGUCCAAAUCAGGGAGGAACUUGUAUUGACAGAGCAGACUGAUUCCCAGCUAGCUGAAGAUAUUAAAUUGGCCGAGGAGAUUCUAGCCGCCGAAUGCGAAGGCAUUAUAAUAAGCGAUACGGCUCUGGCGCUUCCUGGCGAAAUUCCUGUGAUUGAAAUUAUUAAGGAGCUUGAGCAGCAGACAAUAGCAGAUGCUUUAAGCCCACCAGAGGCUACCGAAGAAAUAGCUCUUGUUUCUGCCAAAUGUCCUGCAGAUAAGACUGUAGUAGAAGCAUUGCCAGCAUUGCAGGAGUCGUCAGGUAAAGAACCAUUAGCCGAGUCAAUUAGCAGCGAAAUUGGUGACAAAAUUCCCACCAGCUCCUCAGAAAACACAGCAAAGAAAGAAAUCAAUCGCAAUCCUUCAUCACCCGUUGUUAUGCCCAAGAACUAUGAAUCGGACGUUGGUUUGCCUCCUUUAGCUUCCCAAAUGGCUAAUCGUUCGGCUAUAACCAUUUCCAGCCAGCCCAAAAAGUCCACACCAGUCAAGCGCGCACCGAAAGGCGAAAGAAAUACAGUCUUGAACGAGCCAUCAAUAAGGAGCAGCUCGAGACUGGGCAGAUCGCUAGCGGGAAGCAAAUCAUCGCAAGAGCCGCAGUCGGCCGAUGAGACCAUUGACAAUUACAGAUUUGGAAGGGAGCAGGCCAGGUCCAGUGGGACUGAGAAGGAUCACGGUGAGAAAUAUGCCAUCCAGAGAAAGUCCCGGAGCACACAAAAGAAGGAAAAGAAGGGGAAAAGAACAGUAAAAGACAAACCAGAAGAUGAGGGCCAGGAUAAGACCGCCACCGACAUGGUUGAGACUGAAACUGAGAAUGAAUCACCAGCACCACCACCAGCUGAGGCUGGGGAUCUGGCUGAGGGAACCAGGAGUGGGUUAAAAGUCGUACCAGCUGGAUGUUCAACUGGAGGAACAAGAGGAGGAGCACACAGCUCAGCCAAAUCGAGUCUAGUUUCCAAAGCGACCAUAGACACGGUUAAACGAUUUGACAGAAGGGACUCCCCUAAAGCAGAUUCAUCAAAGACAAGGGCACAAUCGAAGGAAACCCCACACGCGUCACUAAGCAAAGACAUUUCUUCGGACCAUCCUAGAGUUGAGGCGCCAGUUGUGCAAUCUCUGGCGGAACGAGUUGCCAGGUGUGAAGAAGUCAAGGAGAAGAGCGACAGUACCCCAACGGAUUUCAAAGAGACACCCAACACAGAUCCUGUUGAAUCAAAGCUGGAACCACCCAAGGAAGACGUUAAUAAGCCAGCCGAACGUGAUAAGGAAGCAAAAAUAGAUCCUGAAAAUAUGCAAGUGGAUCCAGCUCAUGAUACAGUCGAGCCGAAACAGGCGGAGCCGCGAGAAAAAAGAAAAAGAGGAAGACCCAAGAAGAAAAGAAAAUCUUUUCCACGUGAUUUAGACAUAGAUAAAUCCAAACCGGGUAUAUCACAGGAUUCAGCGAAUGCUCAGCAAGAUAGAGCCGAAAUUAAUGUUUCACAGGGGGCAACUACAUCCACAAGCAGACAAAACAAACAAAAAAACAAGUCCCCAGCGGAGGAGGACCUUGCGGAACCAGGUAAUAAACCAGCGUCUUCUACAGAACCGAAGCCAGUGGAAAUGACAGGACCGGAAAAAGUUGAAACGAUAGAUAAAGCUUCUACCGAACAGCCAGAGCCUGUAGCGCUUGCAACGGCACAAAAAUCGUCAAGAAAUGAAAAGGUAAAGGGCAAAAAAACAAUCAAAACUACUGUGGAACCCUCUACUGAUGGCACAGAAUCGGAAAAAACGAUUAAAAAUACUGAACUGGUACGAGAUAAAAACCCAGAAGAUCCAUCCACUUCCACACCGACAACAGUUCAAGGGAGAUUAUCAAUAAAGGAGAAAAUAAAGAGCAGAAAGGCCAUUCACACGACUUCUGUUGAGUCCUGCAACAUUAAACCAGAAGCAGAACCAGAAUCAGUGCAGCAGGUAGUUGAUCCCAAAGUCGAUUCCAUCGAAACACUGAAUGCUGAAAAAUAUGAUCCAUCGAAGGAGGAAAAGUUGAGAAGCAUUCAACUGAAAGUGGAUCCUUCCUCUGCCGCAAUAACAGAGCCAGAGCCAGACCCAGCGGCUCAAUCUGCAGAUGGGACUUAUACUGCGAUCAAAGAAACGGAACCAGUGCAGGAGAAGCCAGAACGUUCAAUUUCUAGUAAAUCAUUGCCAAUUAGCAGGAAAACCAGACUUGAACUCAACAAUGAAGAAUCUGCAACGAAUCGCGAAUCUUCACAACCGGAAACAUCGGAAGCCACAGUAGAACCAAAACUCGAUUCCAGUCAGGCUCAAAUAUUGAAACAAGACAAAUCAAGGAACAAGCAACACAAAGAAAGUGUCAAAAUUGAGCCGAAAGACGCGCCAGACACGACAGAGCCAGGAAAGACCGAAACAAAAGGUGAAGAGCUGCAGCGAACCACAUCUAAGGAGCCAAGGUCGGCUCCUGAAAUGACUGAUUCAAAAAAGCCAAGAAUGCAAAAGCCGAAAUCCACUAAAUCGUCGGAAGCAACCGAAUUGGAAGGUCCGCCAUCGACAACACCAACUCUUCCACCAAAAUCCAUAGAACAUUCGGAUCUAUGUCGAGCAGCAACUGAAGCGGUCAGCGUUAUGGAGAGUAAGCAAACUUCUGAAAGUAAUCCUAGUUCAGAGAAAAGCAAGGAACCGCAGCCAGAAAAACAGCCAAAAACAGAGGAUAAGAGAUGUUCCAGUAAAAAGAGGGCGGACAGUCCCAAGCAGCAAAAAAAUACCAAGAUCACACCGGAUGUGUCAUCCGAACAGAAUGCAUCGGAAGACACCACACCUAAGCCAAGUGUUCCAAUCACACCAUGCACAGCGCCUUGUCGCCAGCUUCGCGUCCUAAUGCGCAGAACACCCAGCUCCAAAUCUUCUGUUGUCAAAGGAACUUCUGUCAAGAGUUUCAGGGAUAGGCUUUACGGCCCGACAGAGGCGUCAAGCUCUGCAAAGAGAGAAGAGGACAAGGCAAAGGCUGAACCAGAGGCUCAAGACAAGCCAGAAGCUGGUGAACUUUUAAAGCCAGCUUCGCCUGAACAGCCAAUUGUGGAUACAGAAGAUGGCACUGCAUGUGCGGACCAGCUAAGGGAUAAGUAUGAAGGAGCACAUCAGGAGAAAGCACGUGUAGAAGGAGAGACUUCUGCUGAAGCUAAGGUGACGGAAGAAUCUAAUGACGAAGCCCACACGGAAGAGACUACUUCAGCAGCUCGGUCCAUAGCUGUAUCUGUAGGGGACACCGCUAAGGAGGAAUCUCCGAUAAGCGAGGAAACGGCAGAGCAACCUACACCUUUGAAGGCUGCCUCUGUGGAACCGGACAAGGAGGAGGAUAAUAGCCAAAGCAUUCUAAAGAUCGACGAAAACAAUGGGGGAUCGGUUAAUCCCACAGCCGACGCCUCUGAGGCGGGCGUUGAGGAGUCCAAUGCCAACAGCCAAGUCAUAACAGAAACAACAGGUGCCACCGUCGCCCCGGAAUCGAGCAAAUCAAACAUGCCACCCGUGCGCGCCUUGCGUAAACGGGAAGUGGAGACCCCACAGCCAGAUGAAUCGGCCCGUCGGAAGCAACAGCAGCAGCGAGAGCUGGAGAAAACAGGAAAGGACAAACAGGGCCAGAAAAAACUAGUGCGUCGCCGCAAUCAGCUGGAGGCGGAAGAGCGGCCACCCCAGAAGCGUCUAAAGCCAGAGGACGAAGCCACAGCAUCUGCACCUGCCUCUGCCAAUCCCAAGGCUAAAUUCAUAUCCCUUAUAGGCAAGGACACAAUUGUUUCAACCACAACCGACCUACGAAAGGAGGACGCAAAGUCCUCGGGAGCCGCACGUAAAUCGAAUGCAAAGAGUACCAAGGGCGGCGAUAUGACCAAGCACAUCAUCAUAUCGACAGUACCCAAGAAAACCCCGGAUGCAGCUGCAGAGAGUCCGCCGGCGCCGUCCAAGAAGCCUCUGGUGCAGAGUGUGCUCAACUCGUUUGUGGAUACCCGCAAGACUACACAAAGGGAUAGUGCAGGCAAGAAGUUCUUGCCGAGAUCUAACACAGCGGCAGAAAGUGACGAGGAUCCCGAACGGAAUAUCCCCAGCUCCACUUUGCUGACUAGGAAGGGUGUUGUGCCAGCAAGCGAAAUGCCGAGCAAGAAAACAGCAGAAUCUCCCAAAGGAGAAACACCUGCAGCAGCACUGAGGAAGGUGAACAUCAUCUCCGUUUCAGUGAUGCCGAGCAAAGAAGAUGAAUGUGCGGCUGUUGCAGUGGGGAAAACGGGGCCCACCAGCGCACCCGCAACAGCAGCUCAAGUUACGAAGGCGCUGCUGGAUGCCGAGAAGAACAUCGUUUCAGCAAGGAGGCAAGUGGAGACCAAGAAGGAGCUGGAGACUAAGAAGAUCGUGAAAAUAAAUACGCCAGACAAGACUAAGAGCACGGAGCAAGCUGGGAAGGAGGAUCGCCGGCUGGAGAUGUCCGCACAACAAUCGAAAAAAUCAUAUACUUCCACGGAGCCAACCACGAAAUCCUUGCCGCAUCCGCAACUGCUAAGCAACCCCGAGCUUCGGAAGUCGAAAGAUGCUGCCAGAAAGCAAGCUAUAGCUGAUGAGAUGGCUAAACCCGCAAUGCUGUCAACAGUUCGACCAGUAACCGAUGCCGCGUCUCGAUUGACACAAUCCGAAGAGCAAUGGUCCGAUCUGGAUGUGUUUCAAAAGAGCAUUGCGAUCCGAAAAUCAAAGGUGGAAACUAGUCGCGCCUCAAGGGAAUCCUCUCACGAACGCGCCGGUCGAAUAACCCGACUGGAAAAAGGCAAUUCCUUACCGACAUCCCGUCCAAUGGCUGUCUCAAUAUCCUCACACAUGACGCGCGCCGCCAGUAACAAUCGAUCCCUGGCUUCAACGCCAAUUCCUAUGGCUACAACGCCAACUCCUAUGGUGCGGCGGACUGCUCCGAAAAAGCCUGAACUGGAAGCAGCCCCCACACCGCCAGUCGAGCCACUAGCUCCGCCUAAGAAGGUUAAACGUCCGGCGCGACUGCGGUUUGGUUCGCGACGCAGACGGUCGGCCAAAAAACGAAAAGCUACCGAAGAAGCAGAGGCAGAAACAGAAGUCGCCAAUCAAAAAAAAUCAAGAGGAGAGCAAGAGCAGGAGCCAGAAGCACGUCCAGCUCCGUCCCUUGCCUUCCCAGUGAUGAUAACCGCUGCCAGCAGCUCCACCUCUUCGCCGCUUCCGUAUUCGGUUACAGCCCCAGUUGCAGUUGCAGUUUCUUCCAAAUCACAGCCCAUUACAAAACCCAAGCUGCGAAAAUGUCUGGUUAAAAUCAACCGGGGAGUGAUCAAAAAGUGGAUGGAAGCGAACGUACGAAAACAGCCAGCAGUCGCACUACAGCAACCACGAUCAGAACCACCAGAAGAGCCGGGUCCAAAGCCACAAAUUGAAGGACCAGCAGCAGAGCCAGCAAGGGUUCAAGUGCCAGAGCCAGCUCCAGCCCCAGCACCAUCUCCAGCUCCAAAAACAGCGCCGCAGACAGCACGAGCACCAGUCGCUCCAGUUGACAAAUCAGAUUCGGUAUCGGUGUCGGUAUUGGCACAACCAGCACAGAAAAAAACCCAUGGUGUUCUGGCGAUGAAACUUCCGAUUCCCAUACCCGUUAUGGAAAUAAAAACGGAAAUAGACGAAGUGCCGCCCGAAGUGCCAAUGGAAGAAGAUACAUUGGGAGCCUUACCGGUACCCAUACACAUACCCACACCUAUAGCCCCACCCAUAACCAUACCCACGGCUCCGGAAGCUCCUCAAGAGGCGACGCCACCUCAGGAGGUGGUUCCACUUCCAACCACCACAUCGAGUUUUCAGACAAUUCGCAUAAGUGCGCCUCCGCCGUCGGCUGGCAGACUGGUCAGCUCGCUGCCAUCGGCAAGCUCGGCCGAAUCCAGCCAGAAGCCUGGCCAUACCAAGAUUUUCUCCUUCCUGUAUCCGCACCGCUAUCAGCGAUCGUAUGGCGACGUGGGGCUGGACUUUUGCUGCCCCAAUCUGGAUGGACCGAUGCGAGCCAUUGACCCGACGCGUUUGCAUGCCACGGCGCAGGUGCCUGUGCUGGAGCUGCCGCAGUUCAUGGUUAUCACGACGAGGAUCAUCUCCAAGGCGGAUAAGGAUCUGCCCCACAAGGUGCGUGCGAAGCUAGCGCAGCUGGAUAAGACUGGAGGGAAGUUGGUGGGGCAGACGGUGCGCAUGAGCAUGGACUCCAGUGAGCCGUCGAUUCCAGUGGCAGUGCCGUCGUCCAACCUUGGUCCGGCUCCUCGGACUCUUCCCGCCUUAAUUCCCAUUUCUAACCCUCCGCCACCCACCGCACCACCUGCGCCCACCGCUCCACCUGCACCGACCACUCCACCUGCACCCACCACAACUCCUGCACUUCCAGUUUCUCAUGCUGAAGACACCGUUCAAUCCUUGACCAAGCAAUUGCCACGUGGAACGACACUAACCAAAAAGGUCCUGCCGCCUGGGGCUGCCCUACCCGCUGCUGCCAGCUCGUCGAUGGUGGCCAGUAUGCCACCUGCUCUGAUCCAGCUGCCGCCAAUCUGCCCCAAGGACAAACAACGUGUGGAGCUGCAGACGCGAGUUCAGAUAUUCGACCUGGUGCUCCAGAGCCUGAGCAGACGUGCAACAACACUGACCAAGGUCGAGCGACAGCGCACCAUUGAGGAGAUUGUGAUGACCAGCACCCUAAUGCCCAUCGAUGUUGAUGUGGGCACCAAGCUCCUUGAGAACUACGUCUAUUACCUGAACCGAGCUACCAACAUCCAGACGCCCCUGCCCUCGCUUUGCCUCAACCCUGUGGGAACAACAGCUGCUACUCAGAGUGCGCCCACAGUCGCCAGUCUUGUCGGCAUCCCGGCGGUGGCCAAGAGUAAAGUCAGCACUGCAUCUGCAUCUGCAACUGUAACCCCUUCCGCACCCGCACCAGCAACGAAGAAGCCAGCACCAAAGCGCAGUUCUCUGCCAGCCGGCAUUCCGGUGUACGAUUCGGAGAAGAACAUCAUUGGAUAUCAGUGCCCGACACCGAACGCUUCGUUUGUCAAUCGACCAACGCCCAUGGCCAGCAGCACUCCACUGGGACCCUCCGCCUCCACGGCAGCCCAGGGUGGAAGCAAGUCGGCCAGAUCGAGUGUGCAGCUAAAACAGAACAAGAAAACGAAAACUACGGCUGGAAUUCCUAUGAAAGCAGGAGCAAAAGGCAGCCCUGGAAAUAGAGUUCAGGGUUCAGGGAAGAUCAUUUCCAUUCACCCACCGCCAGAACAGAAAACACUCCCUGCAAGGCCAGGUGUAGCCCAAACGAUUGCUGCAUUAUCGGAGACUCCUCAGCCCAAGGCGGUGGCUGUGCCUGUCCCUGUGCCUGUGCGGGGGUCAACGUCAAAGUCUGCUGCCGCAACAUCGAGCGGGCGAUCCGCUGGAUUGAAUCAAACGCGCAGUCCGAAUGUGUUUAUCAUUAACCAGAUGUCCCCCCAGGCAGAGGAGAGCAUACUGCCCGAUUCCAACAAUGUUGUGCCAAUGGAAGCGGAGAUCAAGGGUGAGCUGGACGACACUGUGGAAUUGAUUGGAUAGGGCAGGGCUUGAGUGUAUAAUUGAUUAAAAAAGUGAAAAGGAAAAGUAUUCUAAGUUACUUUAAAAUGUUUUUGAUUAAGAUGAACUACUCAAAUGCAUCGUUGAGCGCAAGAGAAUUAUGUAGUUCUACAAAUGAAGAUACAAAUUAUUGUUAAAAUAAAUGGAUGUAAUCAAACUUUUUUUUUAAUCUAAACGGCACUUUAAGCUUUUCAAUAAAAGCUCUCAUGUCGAAAUUUAUAAGCUUUUCAUUAGAAAUGGAAACAAAACGAAAUAUAAAGCCCCGGCUGGCCAGGGGAAAUACAAUAGAAGACAUUAUACAAAGACCUCAACAUGAUGAACGUCACGGAAGCGGAAAAAGAGGAAAUAAACACUCCCAAUGCUUCAUAUCCAGACCUGGAAAAUAGACUGGACAAGUACAUGGGAAUACUAUUCGCAAGGAGAAAUAUUGAGACUCAAAAUGUAUGUGAUUUUGCUGCAGUGGAAUUCUUCGGUGUGAUGAGCCUAACCGAUGUACGCACUCCCCGGCGUAAGCUCUGGUACAUGUAUUAUAGCACCAGCGAUCAGGUUGACAUCACGGUGGACCGCAUCCACCGCAAAUAUGGCCAGAAAAAUAUGUACGAUCUGUUUCGAAAGCCCAUCUUCAGUGGUGCCGGUCUGCGAUCCCGGGUAAAGAAUCACUUUGCAGCCCUGAAGUGGUACGUAAAAGGGAAUAUAUUGGAGGCCCCGCCAGAUACCUUAUACAAUGACGAAAAAGUGAUAAACACUAUUACAGACUUGUAUUUUGUCGAAAGACGAUGGUAUUAUGAUUUUAUAAUGUACCAAAAUUUGGAUUUUAACCGCUAUCGGGUUAAAAAGCUGUGUACUUAAUAAAUUAAAUAUUUAAUUUAAUAAAUACGCUUUUAGGCGCGAUCCUA